GGAGCCUCCCCAGGGGGCGGGGACUGGGGCUCGGGGCGCCGAGGGGAACAUGGCGGUGUCCGCGCUGCAGCUGGCGGAGCUGGCUCUGCACGGAGCUGCCUUCCUCUGCGGGGUCAUCAGCGCCUCAGCCCUGACGGUCACUCAGGGGGAGUUUGGUGGCCGGUGUAUCCUAUAUGGGUCCGUAGCCAAGAAUGGGACAGUCCUCACUCUGUCUCAUUUCAACAACAUCUCCCUCUGUUACUUUGUCGCCGCCAUCUCCAUCCUCAUCGCUCUGUACUGCUUCUCAGUGCUGCUUUACGGCAUCUACAGCUGCUGCAUGGACGAGGGGCAGUGGGCUCGCACUUGGCUCACUGUGAACCUGGCAAUCUCUGCUGUGAUCCUCUUCUUCCUGCUGGUCUCAGCCUGCAUCCUCCGGGUUGGGAUGGACACUCUGUGCUCGUCCAUCCUCCAGACCAGAGCUGUGAAAAGCUGCCAAGAGGCCCAGCAUGUGACAUGGUCCCCACAGUAUAAUGCAGCAAGGUUCUAUGACAAUCUCUACAGUGCUGAGGCAGCUGCCUGGGUGAACUUCUUCUUCUGGUGUCUGCUGCUGGUCCUGCUGCUCCUGCAACGCAGAAGGGAAACCCCGUUCCAGCUCCUGCAGCGCAAUGACCCAGAGUGGAGCGCCGAGACAGAGGCCAUCUUUGGUGCCCGGUCACAAAGGCCGUGAGAAGACCAGGGAGGGACAAGCAGCCCCAGUUUGGGAAAAGGGUGUGUGUGAGAGAGAGCGGGAGGGGGAGGGGAAGAGAGGGCUGGAAGACACCCCCCCCAGGUCUAUCCUCUGGCUCCAUGGGUGCUCUGCUUGUCCUCCCUUGGCUAUUCUGGUUCUCUGUAGCAAGAGAAGCCAAAGGGCUGGCCAAUGAUCCUGGCUGUGUGGCAUAAGCCCAAUCCCAGGUGAAGGCAUCUGGCCUCCACUACGUAUCUCUUCCCACCACCACCCCUCCAGAGGAGGUGGGCCAGGGUUAGGGUUUUACCUCACAUGCAGGCAUGCUAUGGGCUGUUGGGGGAGCUGUGGACAUGAGAGGGUCUCAGCAAACAUGUGAGCUGGGCAGAGUGCGUUGGCUGUAGGCUCCGUAACCCUUGAAUCUGGGGACACCAGCAGCCUCUUCUCCCUCCCAAAGCUCUCUGAUGUCAAUGUGAUGGGCUUUACAUAAGAUGGUUGGGUGCAUCUGCCUUAGUUCCCAGAGACCCUGGGAUUGCAGGAGACCAUCCCAGCUGGGCGUGUGUAACCACAGAACUAGUUCAGUGGUGACAGAGAGUCUUCUCGUGGAAUGGGGAAAGGAGGGUUCGGCCCAAGUUCCUGCCUGGCUGGGAAAGACAAGCCCCAGCAGCACCACUGUGACACUAGUUACAGGAUAUGGGGCUGGGAAGCCAUUGAAACCCAAGUGCCAAUGUCCAGGCCCAGUUGCCAUACCCUCUCAGCGAGAGGGUCCCUCAUGCCAGGAGCCAGAGAGAAGACAGCUGCCUAAGUGCAGGCAAUCUGGCUGGGCCAGUAAGUGCCUUCUGUAGGGUGUAUGAAGACCAGAGCAACACAGAAGAGCCCAUUCAUGUCUAAGUGCCUCUGUGGCCCCCCCUUCUGCCCAGGGCUUGGGGGUCUCUUCCUUGUACUAAGCCUUGCCAUAUUAUUGUCUGUGAAACUGGGUCCAUUUCUUGUGCCUUUUCAUUUUGUACUAAACCUUGUUAUUAAAACGAUGAUUUUCUCCA